AUUAUACACCGCUCUGAGUUUAAGAAAAUUAGCACGGACCACAAGGUACACAUGAUGUCAAUAUAGGGUGAUUCCAAGAGACUUUUCAUUGUUCCACUUGCUUAAGAGACUUCUUACCAUUUUUUGUUUUUCUAGGAUGAUCCUGUGAUCAUCUUCACCCCCAGAAAUCAAUAUCUCUUGCAACACCAUGGUCAUGGAGGGAAACGAGAUCCCUAGUGGAUGGCCACUUGGUCUAGGAAACAUGAACAUGAGAUUUAGAGUGGUUGGGACCUCUCGUCCAAUACGCUCAUCCAGUUUCUCUUCAUUCUCAUCUUCCAAUCUUGAUACUGAGUCAACAGCAUCGUUCUUCCCAGACCGGAGUAUGUCCCUAGGCCGGCUGAUUGGAAUUCAACCAAGGAAUUUAGGAAACUCGUACUACCCAAAUACGACAAUCCUCAGCCAACAAUAUGGGAACUUAUCCAUUACGAGGUCCGACCGAGAUGAAUUCCAGGGCCAAGACAAUCCCCAAGGACUUUGUGUUCCCCUGCUUCAUAACGUAAUAGGGAAGAUGGGCAGAAGUAGAAGCAGCACAAGGCAUUAAGGUCCCAGAGUCAGUUUAUAAUAGAUAUCUUUCUGAUAUAUACAAGAAAUAAAAAUUUUCUAUGGUGACUUCUUUUUAAACUGAUUUGUCUGUUUGAAAUUCCUUUCAGUCGAGCAAUUGAUUUGUGGAACAUAAAAUGAGGGAAGAGGAAAUAAAAUGUGUCUUGAUUGAGAGAAUUAUACUCCAAUGAACUCUGUAUUUCCAUUAUAGUGAUUUUAUAUUUGUAUUCAGAUUA